AGGUUCUCGUGUGUUUCCCAUUGAUACUUGUCACAGUCACUUACAGGAACACAGAUUAGUUUGUAUCAUUGCUACCUGGUGAAGUUAGUCUCUCUACUUUGAAGUGUUUUCCCCAUGACAGUUACCAAGGACUCCAGGGAUGAUAAGUCAGAGCCAUGGACCAGAACCUGAAGGGAUGGUACACUGAGCGGUCCCCCAUGUGGCCGGGCCAAGCAUUCUCCCUCAAGGUGGACUGCAAGCUGCUGCACAAACGGAGCAAAUUCCAGAACAUUGAGAUUUUUGAGAGCACCAACCACGGCAAGGUGCUGGUGCUGGAUGGCGCCAUUCAGUUCACGGAGAGGGAUGAGGCUAGUUAUCAGGAGAUGAUCACCUUCCUGCCCCUCAACGCUCACCCCAACCCCAGGAAGGUGCUGGUGGUGGGCGGCGGGGAUGGCGGCGUGGUUCGGGAGCUGGCCAGACAUCCCGCGGUGGAGGAGGUGGUGCAGUGCGAGAUUGACGAGGAGGUGAUAGAGGCAUGCAAGACACACGUGCCGUCAAUGGGGUGCGGCUUCUCCAACCCCAAGCUGACCCUGCACACUGGGGAUGGCGCCAAGUUCCUGGAGGAGACGCAGGAGAAGUUUGACAUCAUCAUCACGGACGCUUCAGACCCCGUGGUGCCUGACGAGGGGGAUGAGGGGACUAAGGAUGGUCCUGCCGUGUCUCUGUUCAACGAGGAUUACUAUGUCAAGAUGAAGGGCAAGCUGGCAGAGGGUGGGAUUCUGUGCUGCCAGGGCGAGAACAUGUGGCUUCACGCUGACCUCAUAAUGAAGCUAAUGAACGGGUGUCGUGAGGUGUUCCCUGUGGUGGACUACGCUUACACCUACACCCCAACCUAUCCUGGUGGACAGAUUGGCUUCAUUCUCUGCAGUGUUAACCCAGCCACUAAUUUCAAGGAGCCACUGAGGGUUUGGGACCAUAACAAGGCAAAUGAGAUGGGCCUUAAGUACUACAAUGCAGAGAUUCACCGGGCCUCCUUUGUUCUCCCUACCUUCAUGAGGAACCACCUGACACAGACUAACUAACUGGGAGUGAGUGAGUGAUAGGUUAUAUGAAAGGUUAGAAUGGUUAUGAGGAGGCUUGGAAAAGGUGGGAAGUUUAAGCAGGUGAGUAAACAAAGAAAUGGAAGGAUAAAAACUAGAGAAAAAGAAGCUAGGAUGAACUGGAGAGCUGCAAGAGGUAGGGAAAGGAUAAAAUCUAGGGAAAUUAAGUGAGGGUGGGAUGGAAAGCUUGGAAGGGUAUUGGAAAUGGAGGAAAAUGUUUUGUGUAUGGUGUUACAUGAAGAUUUAUUGAAGGGAAGUACUUGAAAGAGGAAAUUUAAAUAGAAGAUGUGCUGGAAGCUUUGAAAGGAUAAAAUUUUGAGAGUAAAUGGUGUUUGUAGGAAUAAUUGAAAUAAGAGGAUUAAAAAAAAAAAUUCUGAAAAUGUUAAAAAAAAAGAUGGAAGAAACUGCAAAGGGAUAGGAAGUAAGACUGAAGAAUGUACUUUUAUAAUAAGCAAGAAAUAAAGCUGUGUAAUAAUACAAGAGUAAAGAAGAAAAGAAUAGACUGAAAAAUAAAAGCUUGAUUUGAAUGUAACAAAACAAGAUACACUUGCUGAAGAGAAAAAAAAUAUUAUUGGCAGCUUUUUUAUUGCCUUGCUUUCCUAUGUUUAUAAGUGCAGCUAAAAAAAAUAUAUAUAUAAAUAAAAAAAAAAAAGGAAAAGAAAAAUAAAUAAAAAGUGUAUAUUUCAUUUAAAGGUUGUGGGUUGUGUUACUAGGUUCGGAGUUUUGUUUUUUGCCAUUUUAAUUAAAGUGUUGGUGUGUUACUGGAAAGAUGUUAGCUAUGAUAUGUAGAGUAUGGUAUGCAGUAUUUUUAGAUUAGUUACACCAUUUAUAUCAAGUUGUUCUUACUGUAAUUGGUUGUAGUAAUGCAGAUGACUAUUUAUUUAUUUGCUUUUGUUUUUAUUAAUGUUAUUGUUAUUAUGUAUAUUUUUUCAAGAUUUGUGUCAUGUAAUUGUUUUUUUUCUUUUUUUUUUCUUUUAUUUACUUAUUUUCUCAAUACUAACUGAAAAUAACAUCUCUAGUUAUUAUUAUUAUGUAUAUUUUUUAAGGGUUGUGUGUCAUUAAUUGUAUUUUCUUUAUGGUUGUUUCAAAAUGUAUGGGCGUUACUUUAUUUUUAUUUUUUUUUCGUUUUUCCUUUCUUUCCUUUAUUUACUUAUUUUCUCCUCCAUACUAACUGAAAAUAAUCUCUCUUCUAGAUAUCAUUAUUACCGUUGUUAUAUUUUUAAAGAGUUGUCAGUUAAAUGCAUUUUCACUAAGUUUAUUGUAGCUUUUUGAUAUAUUAACUUUUUUCUAUUUCCUUUUCCUCCUUAUUAACUGAAAAGGGCAUCUCUAAAUCUUCUAAAUUGUUUCUCUUAAGCCUCUAGGUAUUAUUAUCAUUACUGUUAUUACAGUAAAAUCCCUUUCAUCCGGCAUUCGAGUAUCCGGCAGCUUCAAGUAUCCGGCACAUUUUUCCCUGAGCCUUAAAAUCAAUAAAAAAUCAAUGUACUCAUAAAAUCGAUUAAAAUUCCCGCGCCAGGCAUACUUUGUCCCCUCGCCACCAGAGCGCACUGCUUCGCGCCACCCAUGGCCCACUGCACUGUGUUUACUCAGUGACUCAGUCCCGCGUGUGCACUGUUUAUCACCUGACGCCUUCAUCAUGCCUAAAGUUGUAGAAAAGAGGAAGUGUGUUGUGCUUACACUUAAGCAGCUGAUCAGAUCAGCUGAUCUUUGUUAUGGUAAGAUGCGUGAGUGUAGGGUGGUGAUUGUGGACAUAAUUUCACUUCUAUUCAAGUAUCCGGCAUGUCGGCGGUCCCGUUGAUGCCGGAUAAGAGGGAUUUUACUGUAUUAAUGUUUCUUUAGAUAUAUAUUUUUAUUCUUUAUCUUUCCUUGUUAAGUUUAUGUAUAAUGAAAACACAACAUUAUUUUAUUGCUGAUGACAGUAAGCCAGACUCUGUGACAUCAUUAUUACUGAUUAUAUAAUGCUGCCUGAGAUUAUUGACCAUUUUUACUAACUAUAUAAAUAUGUUCAUUUAUUCAAGGUUCUUGUUAAUAUUUUGCCUAAUUAAUUAACUUUUUUCCUCAGAUUUUUCUUUUCCCUUUUUGUUUUAUUAUGUUUUGUAUGUAUAUUACCAUAUAUUUAUUCAAUUUUUUUGUUGUUAUAUUUCAAACACUAUAUUUAAUUACAUUUGUGGUGCCAUAUUUUGUACCUUACAGUUUACAGUUUCUUCAUCAACUUGCUGAAUUAUUUUUCAUAGUAGUGUUGUGUGAUUUGCUCUCCAUUUGCAUCUUCUAUCUUGUAUUCAUAUUGCUAAGUAUUACCAAACUUAUGUUGAAUGAUUUAAUAUUUCUUUUACAGAUGUUUUGUUCAUGGUAUGACUUUAUUAUUAUUUUCUUUAGUCAUGAUGCCAGAUAUUUUUCUAAUUCUAGCUUUAUUGUAUUUGCAUCACUAAGUAUUAUAUUAUCAUGUUUUUAUUCAUUUAUCUAUUUUUAUGAUACCAGAUAAUUUUUACUGCUAACUAUCUUUUUAUGUGUUUCUAUUACCGAGUAUUAUUUUAUCAUUUUCUUUAUUUAUUCACUAUGAAUAACUGCCCUACAUAGUUUAUGGUUUCAUGUCAGCAUCCUGAACCACAGAUUAUAUCAGGAAUGUGUUAUAAUGCACUUUUUUUGUCUCCUAGAAAUGUGUAUUGCACAUUGGGGUAAGGCUUAGGUUAAGUGCAAUAUUAAGGCUGACAACAAUCACUGGUGAAAUAAUGUUUAUGUAUAAAGUAUUGCAUUUCUA